CAUCCACCUUUCCGCGUGGUUCGCGGUGGGCUGCAUGUGCCAGCGCGUCAUGGCGAAUCCCGACGACAGCGGGGCCCCAAAGGAGGGCGGCGGCGGUGGUGACGAGCGCUUUCGCGUCUCCUGCAACUGGCGCCGCCCUUUCGCAGAGAUGCGGAACGACCUCAAUCGGCGGCGGCCGCACUAUCUGAGCGACUGGACGGACGCCUACACGCGCAAGGUCGUAUCGUCGGCUUUGUUUAUGUUCUUCACGAGUAUUGCGCCCGGCAUCACCUUCUCCGCCCUGCUCGGCGACCAGACGCGCGUCGACGGCCGCGCACAGCUCGGUCCGGUUGAGGUUAUUCUGUCGACCGCCGUCACCGGCUCCAUCUUUGCCAUCUUUGGCGGGCAGCCGCUCGUGAUCGUCGGCGUGACGGGGCCGGUCACCAUCUUCACGAUCGCUGUCUUCAACAUCUCGGACGCGCUCGGCAUCGACUUCCUCCCCUUCUACUGCUGGGUGCAGAUCUGGGCGGCGCUGAUGCACAUGGGCCUCGCGGCGUCCAACGCGUGCUCGCUCAUCACGCUGGUGACGCGGUACUCGUGCGAGACCUUCGGCAUGCUGAUCGCCGUCAUCUAUAUCUACAACGGGCUCCGCAACCUCAUCACCUACUUUGUCGACCUCGAUCCGCAGCCCGCCCUCCUCUCGCUGGUGGUCGGGCUCGGCACCACCUGGCUGGCGCUGCUGCUCACCAGCGCACGCUCGUGGUCCAUCCUCAACCGCACCGCGCGCACGCUGCUCGCCGACUACGGCGCCACCGCCUCCAUCUUCUUCUUCUGCUUCGUGCCCUACAUGGGCGCCAACUACGACCUCACGCCCGCCGCGCACGGCGACAACAUCACCGCCUCCACCAUCGCCACGCUCGACGUGCCCGACGCGGUGGAGCCGUCCGCUGACCGCGGCUGGCUGAUCAACCCCGCGGACUGCCCUGCGUGGGCGAUCGUCCUCGCCAUCGCCCCCGCCCUCAUCCUGACCGUCCUCUUCUUCUUCGACCACAACGUCUCCUCUCUCCUCGCGCAGGCGCCCGAGUUUGGCCUCAAGAAGGGCACCGCUUACCACUGGGACUUCUUCGUGAUUGGCGUGCAGAUGCUCGUCACGGGACUCCUCGGCAUCCCGCCCGUCAACGGCCUCAUCCCGCAGGCGCCGCUGCACACGGACUCACUCUGCGAGAAGGAGUGGCGGACGCGGCCGGCCGGUCACUCGGCGCACGACAAGGUGGAGGUGAUCACGCACUGCCACGAGCAGCGGGUGUCGGGGCUCGCGCAGGCAGUGCUGAUCGGGCUUACCCUCUGCGCGCUCACCGUGCUCGGCUACAUCCCGAUCGCCGCUCUCGACGGCCUCUUCAUCUACAUGGGCAUCGCCUCAUUCGGCGGCAACUCGUUCUACCAGCGGCUCGUCCUCUUCAUCACCGACCCGGCGCGGCGCGCCGCACGCGGCCUCGACUUCCUCGACGGCGUGCCCUCCGGCGUGGUAAGGCGGUACACGGCGCUCCAGCUGCUCAUCCUCGCGUGCAUCUUCGGCGUCACGCUCGUGCCAUACGCCAACUGCCUCUUCCCCGUCCUGAUCGCCGUCCUCGUCCCGCUCCGCAUCGUGACGCUGCCCAAGCUGUUUGGCCGCGAGAAUGUGGACGCGCUCGACGCCGACGGCAACGCGCCCGACCUGGCGCGGCACAGCGCCGACGCAGACGGCGCGGCGGAGGGGACGGUGGGCGGCGCGGCGGCCGGCACCAUCUGUGCGGAGGACGGCGAGGCAGGGCCAGGGGCGGCGACGGAGGUGGUGUGAGAGGAGGGUGUGGGUGGGUGCGUCGAUGUGAGCAUAUCUGGGGCGUGGUGGUGCCCCCGGCCCGGUCAGAUUACGCUAGAGUGCGUGUGUGGCCAGCCACGCACGUAAGCUGUCGCGAAUUCGACUCAGCCUUCUCGCCGCCCCCCGACACACGCUAGCGCAGGUGGCUCCACUGGCACUGCACUCUCGCUGCGCGAGCCACCACACCCUUGUCCUGGAUGGCUCUUGGCUGGCGACUGGCGUCGUUAUCACUUAUCUCUCAGCCAUAUGCCCCAUGCGCGUUGGAACGCUUGGUGGCAACUUGGUCAGGAUAUCUAGUAAGCUCAGGGCCACCCUCUCUGCGCUCCGGCCAAGAGGCCAAGGCGGCGCUGGAGGAGGCCUGGGCGGCGCUGCGCGGGGCCAGUUUUGGCGUUCGAAGGGAGUGAGCCCGCGCUCGAAGGGAGCGAGACGGCGCUCGAGGAGGCGGCGGCUGCUGCAGACGCGAGCGGCGAGGCGCGUGCUGCUGCGGCUGCAUCGAGGGCCAGGGCGGCCGCUGCCAGGACGGCGGCGGAGUAAGCGCAGCGCUCGUAGAGAGCACGUAGUAGAAGAUUCGAGCAUGCAUUCUGAUUGACGUAUCUGUGACUGAGACAAAAUCAGUAGAAUACGUC